AUGGUUUCCUGCCAUUUGUCAACAAUGAUUUUUCCAUUUCUUGUUCUUACCUUAUUGUCAACAACCAGUCACACAAUGGUUGCUGCAGCACGCAAUCUUCUAGAGUUAACAUUAUCCGAGCCAGAAGAACCUCAACUACCCAAACCUGAGUUGCCACCUCUGCCAAAGCAUGUCUUACCUGAUGUCCCUGAAUUACCUAUGCCACAGUUGCCUAAUAUCCCUAAAUUGCCAAAGCCUGAGUUGCCUAAGGUUCCUAAAUUGUCAAAGCCUGAUGUUCCUGAGCUUAACAUCCCUGAAUUACCGAAGCCUAAGUUGCCUAAGGUCCCUGAAUUGCCAAAGCAUGAGGUGCCUGAGUUUAAGGUUCCUGAAAUACCAAAGCCUGAAUUGCCUAAGGUUCCUCAAUUGUCAAAGCCUGAUGUUCCUGAGCUUAAGAUCCCUGAAUUACCAAAGCCUGAGUUGCCUAAGGUUCCUGAAUUGCCAAAGCCUGAGGUGCCUGAGUUUAAGGUUCCUGAGUUACCUAAGGUCCCUGAAUUACCAAAGUCUGAGUUGCCUAAGGUCCCUGAAUUGCCAAAACCUGAGGUGCCUGAGCUUAAGGUCCCUGAAGUACCAAAGCCUGAAUUGCCUAAGGUCCCUGAAUUGCCAAAGCCUGAGUUGCCUAAGGUCACUGAGUUCCCUGAGAUUCCUAAAGCUAUUCCAACCACCAUGCCAUAA